GAGGGAUUCGCUGCAGCAAAGCUUAAUAACACCUAAUUUGUAAGCACUUUUGGCAGGAGGAGUGGAACUGGUAGCUCCAAGUUGCAUGUGGAAGAGCUGUCUGCAGUCCACAGAGAUUUGGCUACAUAGGAAUUAAAAAUGGGACGUCGCUCCUCGGACACAGAAGAAGAGAACAGAAGCAGAAGGAAAAAGAAACACCGCAGACGGUCAUCUUCAAGUAGCUCUUCAGGCAGCAGAACAUACAGCCGUAAAAAAUCUGGAAGGAAGUCCAGGUCAAGGUCGCGGUCUCGAGAUCUCCAAUCUCGUUCACAUUCUUAUGAGAAAAGACGCAGGCACAGAUCAAGCAGUAGUUCUUCAUAUGGUUCUAGAAGAAAACGCAGUCGUAGCCGGUCAAGGGGCAGAGGCAAAUCCUACAGGUCUCAAAGAUCGAGAUCAAAAAGUAGAACAAGAAGAUCACGAUCAAGACCUCGUCAACGUUCUUAUAGUCGAAGUAGUGAAAGAUCCAGUCAUAGGAGAACUCAUAGCGGGUCUCGUGAAAGAGAGCGGCGUAAAGGCAAAGAGAAAGAAAAAAUAAAAGAGAAGGGCAAAGGAAAAGAAAAAGAGAUAUGUGGCGUGAAGCAUGGGGACUCUGGAAACAUCAAAGCUGGAUUAGAACAUCUGACUCCUGCUGAACAGGCCAAAGCUAGAUUACAGCUGGUUCUUGAGGCAGCUGCUAAAGCAGAUGAAGCAUUAAAGGCUAAAGAGAGAAGUGAAGAAGAAGCUAAGAAAAGAAAGGAAGAAGACCAAGCCACCCUGGUAGAUCAAGUGAAACGAGCAAAAGAAAUUGAAGCUAUUGAAAGUGACUCCUUUGUUCCACAGACAUUCAGAUCAAGUAAAGAAGUCAAAAAGUCAACAGAACCUACCGAACCAGAGUAUGAACCUGUAACUAUCGGAGUGGGAGCUGUUGAUACAUCUGCUCCUGAAAAAGAACGACCAUCUACUAAUAUUCCUACUGCCAUCAAAUAUCAAGAUGAUAAUUCUUUAGCACAUCCAAAUCUGUUUAUCGAGAAGGCAGAAGCAGAAGAGAAGUGGUUUCAGAGGCUGAUUGCUCUCCGGCAAGAACGGCUGAUGGGCAGUCCAGUGGCCUGAGCAAACCACUGUGACCAUCACAUACCAGCUCUCCAUGAAUACUAAGAAAUCCUACCAUUAAAUUGUUUUAUUUUUCUCUUUUGAGGAGAUUUUAAUACUCAGUAUGAGUUGUACAGAAAAUAAAGAUUUCAUCUGAAGACACAAGAAUGUUCUAUCCUCCGUCUUUCUUCCAGACUCAUUGAUUGGUGACUUGUAUUGCCGAGCUACCUGCUGUAGAUGAGCAGGCUGUCAGAGCAGGGUUAUUUUCUCUUUUUGUACUGAAUUCCUCUGGAGUGCAAAAAACUUGACAUCCCAAGAAGAUGUAAUUUUAUAGCUUCCAAUCAAAAAUAUAUUUAUAAUCAUGCAGCAGUUUAAAGAAAAAUGCAAAAAUAAGACUGUCAAAGUUCAGACUUACUAGCGCACCAACAGUAGGGGUGUGAGCGGUAUCACCCUGGGCCAUUGCAUCUGCUGCAGCUGGAGGAGGAUUCAGGGCAAAUGAUUUCACUGUUAUCUCUUCUUCCUUCCGCUGUGCAUUGCAGUAGCAGCCUUUGAGUCCUGAACAUCUGUAGACAAUCUCCUUGCUGAGGGGCUCUUCUAAAUUGAUGGGUUGAUCCAGCUGCUCCAGCAUUAGCAUGGUUCCUCACUUACAGUGGGCUUGAGGGGAAAGAAAUGUUUUCUUGAACAUCUACCCACUACUGUUACCAUCUGGGACAAAAAAUAUGUUACUCUUUAAAACAAAAUAGUAAAGUUUUCAAUAGGUUUAAAGAAAUACUUUUUUCUGAGCAAUUUUAAGCACAUUAAAUUGUUUGAUAAUCUACAAGAGGCUUUCUAUGAACUCUUAAUGGGAAAUAAUAGAAAGAUUAUUGUGUGUAGUGGUACAGACUUUUGUUGACCAGACUAGUGGCAUACCUAUUUCUGUAGAGUGACUGUUUUCAGUCUAUGAAACUUCCCUUUGUCUGAGUGUGACUUUAAAAUACUGAAUUAUUAGUCUUACUUGAAUCUAUCAGAUUUAGCCCACCUAUACUUAGGAAAAAAAAAUCUGUCCUUCAUUCAACUAAAGGCCAGAGAUCAACCAAAUAAAAUACAGUAGUAUUUCUUCUGAAGUAUCUAGCAAAGCUGUGAGAAAACUAUUACUUCAGUAGAUGACUAACCUGAGUCCCCACCUCUGGACAUACCUCACUGGAAAUGACCUGCCUCAGCUUUCCCGUGUGAGUGAAGAAAUUCAUAAAGCUUUUUUUGGUGUUAUUUUUCCUUGUUCUCAAAUCUGUGGUGAGAAAAAAAAUAAGGAAGGAUGAUUCUGGGAAUGUGCUUUGGUUUCUUUAUUUCUUUAAAUCACUGAUAUAAAAGGAAAAUGUAUUAAAUUUGCAUUCUAACAUGUUUUUACUUUUUCUGUCUGAAAUGGGUGAGUUUGACUUGGUCCUGCAUUAAAAUGGCUGUUUCAACACUGCCUUGUCUUUAACAAAAAGUGGGAAAAAAAAUCGUUUCCCUUGUUUCAUUUCAGCAUUUUCAAAUGGUAAAUAUUUGUCAUUGUUCUGUUUUCUAAUCUCCUUCUGUGUUUCUUUCAUAGUAAAUAAAAACUAUGUGAUCUCCAUGCAAGGUACAAGUGUAAAUUACUCUUUUUCAUGCGUUAUGUUGGAUAAUUUUGGUAUUUUUAUUGUAUGCAAAAUUAUUCCUUUUAUGUAAUUCACAACACUACAGGAUAUUAAAAAAUUCUAAAAGCUGGUCUAAGUAAGUAAGACUUAGUGGUAAUAAUAGGGUGUACCUACUAUUGCUCAUAAAUCAACAUCUACAUUUGUCUAGAAGAUCCAUGCUGGAGGAGAACUGUGAACAAUAUCUGGAAAGAAAAUGGAAAUAGAAUUUAAGUAAUCUGAACUGAACAGAAAUAUGUACUGAAACAUGCCAAGCAGAAUUUGAAACAGAGCAAAUCAUUAUAAAGUUGAUUCUUAUAGUUCCAGUUGCAGAUUACUGAUUAGAAGAACUGAUAAAUAAUUACUCAGAACUCUGUGGUUUUCAUUAAAUAUGUAGCUUG